GGGUGGGCAGGGCCAUGGGGGACCUGCUUGUGCUGAGGCUGGCCGUGCUUGUAGGCUGUGCCACCUUCAGCGCCUCUGCCUGGUCAGUGAGUAAUUUUCUGCUGACAGGUCCCAAGGCCUACCUCACCUACACGACCAGCGUGGCCCUGGGAGCCCAGAGCGGCAUCGAGGAGUGUAAGUUCCAGUUUGCCUGGGAGCGCUGGAACUGCCCUGAGAACGCCCUCCAGCUCUCCACCCACAGCAGGCUGCGGAGCGCCACCAGAGAGACCUCCUUCAUUCACGCCAUCAGCUCUGCCGGAGUCAUGUAUACCAUCACCAAGAACUGUAGCAUGGGCGACUUUGAUAACUGUGGCUGUGAUGAGUCAAAAAAGGGGAAAACAGGAGGCCACGGCUGGAUCUGGGGAGGCUGCAGCGACAAUGUGGAGUUUGGGGAAAGGAUCUCCAAACUCUUUGUGGACAGUCUGGAGAAGGGGAAGGACGCCAGAGCCCUGAUGAAUCUUCACAACAACAGGGCCGGCAGGCUGGCAGUGAGAGCCACCAUGAGAAGGACCUGCAAAUGCCAUGGCAUCUCAGGGAGCUGCAGCGUCCAGACCUGCUGGCUGCAGCUGGCUGACUUCCGGGAGAUGGGCGGCUACCUAAAGGCCAAGUAUGACCGGGCACUGAAAAUUGACAUGGACAAGCGGCACCUGAGGGCUGGCAACAGUGCGGAGGGCCGCUGGGCUCCGACUGAGGCCUUCCUGCCUAGUGCAGAGACAGAGCUGGUAUUUCUAGAGGAAUCCCCAGACUACUGCACCCGCAACUCCAGCCUGGGCAUCCAUGGCACAGAGGGUCGCGAGUGCCUGCAGGACAGCCGCAACGCAUCCCGGCGGGAGCAGCGCGGCUGUGGGCGCCUGUGCACCGAGUGUGGGCUGCAGGUAGAGGAGAGGAGAACCCAGGCCACGCGCAGUUGUAACUGUAAAUUCCACUGGUGCUGCACAGUCAGAUGUGACCAGUGCAGGCAUGUGGUGAACAAGUACUACUGCGCGCGUUCCCCAGGCACAGGCGGUGCCCAGGCCUGA